AUGCCUGGCGACUCCAUGCUCUGGAUUUCCUCCUUUGUCUGCCUCAUGGCUAUCGCCAAGUAUUUCGAGGGGGCAUACUACGCGCUGCAGCGCGGAAACCUGGAGAACAUGAGAAGCUCAAGAAAGGAGGAGGAGAAGAAGAAGGAGAACAUGAGAAGACGAAGCAGCAGCAGCAGCCUCCAAAAUACUAGCCGGGGAGGCAGGAAGCCGGAUGAUGAGCAGAUCCUGCUCAUUGCUCAUGAUAUGCUAUAUAUUACCAAGAAUGCCUUCAUGGAUUUUUUGGACAAAAGGAGUGAUGACGAGCAAGAGGCACUCUCUGGUACCUGGGAUGAGACACUGUACAAGGUUGUCAGCAUGGAGCUCUCCCUCAUGUACGACAUCCUCUACACCAAGAAAGUCAUGGUACAAACUUGGGGUGGCUACGCCAUCCGUUUCGCCUCUCCAUUCCUCGGAGCAACUGCAUUCCUGCUGUUUUGGUUCCACAGCAAGCAAGGCCAGGCGACGGCAGACGUUGUAAUCACCUACGUCUUGCUAGGUGGCGCCGUCAUCUUGGAUAUCAAAUGGCUCCUCCGAGCAGUGGUGUCCACAUGGACCUAUUCUUACCUGAAUGAUAGGCCACGAUCGUGGCUUCAUCAUGCACUUCUGUGCUCAGGGAAAUGGCGCAUGCUCCGUCGAUUCAUCCUCUCUUUGAAUCUAUUUCGGUUCCUUGCCAAUAAUAAGAAACCAACUAGGUACAGGAUGUGGUUAGGAACCAUUGGGCAGUAUAACUUGUUGAGGGAGUGCACUCGGGAGGAGGACGAGAAGACCAGCAACUUCUGGAGCUCUUGGUGGAAGAAGAAUGCACCGGAAGAAGCAUGGAUGGAGUACGAAUACCACAACUCGAGAGGCAUUCAUAUUUCAAGAGAUUUCAGGAACAAGCUGUUUGACCGUGUUUGGAAAAACAUGGAGUUAGCGUUUCCUGAACGGAUACCGCCUGUGCAGUUAUCGGAUCCAAAAUGGAUACAUGUGGAGGAUCCGUUUCCUUCUGCGACGGUUGCUGCGGAGGCUGCUGCGAAAGCUACUAUUGGUAUUGAUCAGGAACUAAACGAUGCCCUGGAUUUCACUCCUGAUUUACAAGAGACCAUUCUUGUCCUGCACGUCGCCACGGACAUCUUCCUCUUUCACACGGAAUCCGGUCAAAAUCAAGAUCAAUCGGAGUGGGGGAAGGCGAUCAAGGCGUUGUCGGAUUACAUGAUGUUCCUCGUCGCGGUGCGACCGACCAUGCUCCCGGGCCUCGCACUCAGUAGCCGGUACGAUGCUCUCCUUGAUGCUUUGGGUGAACAAUGGAAGGAGAUAAAAAAUUCUUCCUCCUUCAACAACUCCAUGGCGAGAGAGAAGUGUCUUGCCAAAAGUCUGCUUGAUAAGGAGAUGAAGAAGAAUGGAAAGACACCCAUGAGAACAUUCAAGUGGCAUCAAGGGAACAAAACUGAGAUACUGUCACCAGGUGCCUAUCUAAGUGUUCUUUACGACUCGAGUUAUAUUCUAUCUGACGGAGCUAGACUAGCCAAUCUUCUGCUAAAUUGGAAACCUGGUUCUAAGAUCGAAAUUGGAGACAACAAAGUACUCGAAGACAAACUUAAGCGGCAGUUUCCGGAUUUGAUGAAAUCCGGUGAGGCGACUGAGACUGAAUUAGAGUAUCAAAUGCCCAAGGAAGUGAGGGACAUCAUCUUCAGAGAGUGGGUGCGUCUCUUGAUUAACGUGUCCAUCAGAUGUACGAGGAAUUCCCAUGCCAAGCAGCUUGCUCGUGGUGGUGAGCUCACUACCGUUGUGUGGAUCCUCGCUGAACACGCUCGCAUUCUUCGUGUGAAAAAGACGACGAAGAGGAAACCAGCAGAUAGCUACGAUAGACUAGGCAUUCAUGUGUCUCGCUACUGA